GGUACAACCCUAAUAUGCACAAAGCCUGAAACGGCGGCAAGCCGGGAACGACGGCGACGGAACGCACUUUCUCUCUGUCGAUCAGGCAUUACACGACGAGCAUGAACUUCAUUUACUGAAAUGCUGCCGGAACCCUAAAUUAUCACACGCCAAGCUGGAGUCUCCUACACCUGAUCUCAACCAUAAAGCUUCUUCUCCUCACCCGACAAUGGUACCAAGUGAAGGAGAUGAUUCUGUAAUGGGAAAGAGAAAGAAUGGAGAUCAGAGUGAGGCUGAAGGGAGCAAGAAGAAGAAUAAAAAAGUAGAGUAUACUCGUCCUGCUUGUUCUUGGGUGCAUUUUAGCCGCGAGUUUAUCAAAGAGUACAGUGCUUCACACCCUGAAUCUUCUGGCUUGAAAGCUGCCACUAAAGCAGCAUCAGAUGCUUGGAAGCUGAUGGGCCCCGAAGAGAAAGCAAAAUACACUACUCGUGCCCGUGAGGUGUGGGAUGAAUACUUGAGCACUGCACCUGCUCGUGCUCCUAAGCCAAGAAAACAGAGUAAAUUAGUGACAAGAUGCUCCCCUGGCCGUUUAUUACAUGUGUUACAACGGCUCUCAUCUGACCAGAAGGCUUCUGUAAAGAGCAUGGGGUUUGGCAGUAUUCUCGGUCUGAGAUGUCGGACACUUCGGCGGAGUUUGUGUCUUUGGCUGUUGGAAAGAUUUAAUACAGUAAGAUGCACUUUAGAAAUUUGUGGCGAGAGGGUUCCUUUAACUCCACGGGAUGUGGAACUUGUUAUGGGAUUAGCUGCUAGUGGGGAAGAUGUAGUUAAUUCAGGACCUGAUGAAUCAAUUCUAGAACUACGUAAGAAGUACAAUGCAACAAAUCGCGGGAUUUCAGUGCGCCUGUUGGAGGAGCAGAUGACAUCUCCAGAUGCAGGAGAAGAUUUCAAGAGAUCUUUUGUGCUUUAUGUAUUGGGAACUUUAUUGUGCCCCACUGCAAGAUUGGACGUCAGUCCUUCAUUUCUCCAUUUCUUGACAAAUAUGGACAUGAUCCAUCAAUACAACUGGGGAAAAUUCUUGCUCGAUCGGUUAGUAAGGGAGGUCUCUCGCUAUCGUCAAGGAAAGCAACGUGCAGUUGGGGGCUGUCUUCUGUUUCUCCAGCUCUUUUACUAUGAGAGCAUCGCUGUCAGAGCAGCAUAUGAAUUAGCCCCAGUGGCUUUUCCUUGUUUAUUCUCAUGGGGCGAAGAGGAAAUUACUGAGAGAGAAAAGCUAGAAAAAGAGAUUGGAGGUUAUGGGCUAGGCGAGUGUGUCUGCAAGGAAAGAGGGCUUGGGAUGGGUUCAAUGGGAUACCAUGCACUGACCAAUUGUGAUGCACUAAGACUUAUGGAGCCAACGAAUGAGGAUAUGGAUGACCAAGAAAAUGAAGAUAUCCUUGCAGAGGAGGAAAAUGUUCACAUUAAUGGCGAUGAAGGGCUUCUUGGUGAGAAUAUUGUGGCUGCUAAUUCCAAUGAAGCACCUUGUGGAAACGUGAAAUAUGGAUGCAUAGCAACCAUGGAUUAUGUGAAUCGGAAAGACCAUGAAGAGUCCUGCGCCUAUGCACCGUGUGUAUGCCCCAUUAGGAAUUGCGAUUUUAUGGACUCGUCAAUACAGCUGUCACAUCAUUUCAGCAGCAGACACUGGGAUUCAGGGAGACGCUUCCAAUACGAUUGUCCUAUACGCGUGAGCGUGGGCAAGAACGAGCCUUUCCUUGUACUGCAAGCGGAACAAGAUGGCAUGUUGUUUCUUCUCUCCAGGGGAACUGAAACUAUCGGGCAUAGGGUGAUGGUUACCAGCAUCCGCCCAAGCAACACAAAAAGCCAUUACUCGUACGAUCUCGUCUCAGAAAAAGGAAGCAGCAGCUCUCUGAGGCUGAAAUCAUUCGCCCAGAAUUUUCCAGGCAGGAUUGAAGCCGGGUUUACACCACAGGAUUUCCUUCUCGUCCCAUUUUCAUACACGAAUCCUUCCGGGAAACUAGAAUUAGAGGUCUGUAUAUGGAGUUCUGCAGAUGUAAACCCCAUUCAGGCUGUGCCUUGUGUGUGAGCAGGAAAUGUGGCAUGCUGGAGAGUGGAGAGGAUAACUGUUACCUUACUUUAGACUAAUGAUUGGAGUAACUAACGGCAAUAUAGAGGUUAUGAUCCCUUCUGGUUGAGGCACUGACUACUGAGUUCAAUGGCUAUGUUGUUUUUGAGACAAGAAAAACAACCUAGGCAAGGAGCUGGAUGGAUAUAUACAUAUGAUAUAUUAGGAGUAUUGUUCAUUUUUAAACCAAUCUUUAUCUUCACUAAUAAUACGCAAGGGUCCUCGAAAUAUUUGUAUUUA